GCCGCGAGUGUAUGUGCGCGCGCGGCGGCGGCAGGGCGGGCAGCGCGCGGGAGCUGGGCUGGCGGGCGGCGGUUCUGCCGCUCUGCUCCGGCCGCCGCCAUGUCCGCCGCCAUCGAGCGGGAGUUCCAGGAGAUCGACGCCACGAACGACUGGCAGGCGCGCUAUCUGGUGAGCGGACGAGGGGUUCGAUCGCCUGGCGGGGAGAGGGCCGCGGUCCGCCGGCGCCCGUUGCCGUUAUGCGGAGCGGAAGUCGUAGGGGCACGACUCGCUCUCAGGAAAUUCGACAUAAAUCCAGUGACUACCCUCAUAGAGUUGCAAAAUACCCAGAAAACAGAAAUCGAAACAGAUACAGAGAUGUUAGUCCAUAUGAUCACAGUCGAGUAAAACUGCAGAACACAGAGAAUGACUAUAUCAAUGCCAGCCUAGUGGUCAUAGAAGAAGCCCAGAGAUACUAUAUCUUAACACAGGGUCCACUACCUAAUACGUGUUGUCAUUUUUGGCUAAUGGUAUGGCAACAACAAACCAAAGCAGUUGUCAUGCUGAACAGAAUUGUUGAAAAAGACUCGGUGAAAUGUGCACAGUACUGGCCAACGAGAGGAGAAGAAGUUAUGGUAUUUAGUGAGACAGGUUUCCGUGUGAGGCUAGUAUCAGAAGACAUCAAAUCCUAUUACACUGUUCACCUACUGCAAUUAGAAAAUAUCAACAGUGGAGAAUCCAGGAUGAUAUCUCACUUUCAUUAUACUACGUGGCCAGAUUUUGGAGUUCCCGAGUCCCCAGCUUCAUUCCUGAACUUCCUUUUUAAAGUCAGAGAAUCUGGUUGCCUAAGUCCUGAGCAUGGACCUGCAGUGGUUCACUGUAGUGCAGGCAUAGGACGAUCCGGCACGUUUUCAUUAGUAGACUCUUGUCUUGUUCUGAUGGAAAAAAAGGAUCCAUUUUCUGUAGAUAUUAAGAAGGUAUUACUGGAUAUGAGAAAAUAUCGAAUGGGACUUAUUCAGACACCUGAUCAACUAAGAUUUUCAUAUAUGGCUGUAAUAGAAGGAGCAAAAUUUAUAAUGGGAGAUUCAACUAUACAGAAACGGUGGAAGGAGCUCUCUAAGGAGGACCAGGCACCAAGCAGUGAGCAGUCUCCUCCACACCCAGCCAAAAUAACCACCGAGAAGUACAAUGGGAACAGCGUAGGCCUGGAGAGUAAAGAUCAGGUGGAGAAAAUAAAUACUAGCCUGUCCACUAAAGUUCAAGAUGGCACAGAUGGAAGCGUUGAAAGUGCUGUCCGAAAACGACUGCGAGAGGAUAGGAAAGCUAACACAGCACAGAAGCUCCAGCAGAUGAAGCAGAAGCUAAAUGAGACUGAAAGAAAAAGAAAAAGGUGGUUAUAUUGGAAACCUAUUCUUGCUAAGAUUGGGUUUGGUACACUGAUUUUAGUUGGCGCUUAUUAUUGCUGGAAAAUGUAUUUUCAAGAACAUUCCUUGUAAGUAACAGUAAGCCUGUCUGCUCCAGCAGCUGAUUUUGCUGCAAGUUAAUGACCAGGGGUGUGACUCUAAGCAGUAAACUCCUUACACCCGGAAUGGGUGCAGACCAUUACAUAUGAUAGAGGAGUGAUGUAAACUUGAUAAUCUGUCAACAUCUCAGGACUUUCCACUGCAGGUACUUUGAACUGCUUCCCCCCAACAGAGUUGUUAUUUUUUGUUCGUAUAAGGAGGUGCAAAUGUGCUGCAACUUCCAAAAAUGGUCUACUGGAUCUAGAGCAAACCCUGAACCACAGAGUUGUAGCUACUGAAGGCUGUUUGGAUUUAAAUUUACAUGCCUGACAUAAGCAAUAAACAGUGUUGUACCAUUACGUUAUUAAUACCAAGAAGUUAUCCUUAAAUGUGUGUAAUGUGUAAUGUACCGGUGACAUGAGCAUAAACAUUUUAUAUUCUUAUGACCUAGGAUAAAUAUAUUUUAUAAUUGCAUAUUUAAUCUUUUUGUAGUUCACUGUACUUUUAAAAGCUCAGUUUGUACAAAUUUCUGACCAAAAAAGAAUUUGAUUUAGAAACUACAUGUAAUUUGUGCAUGAAAAUGAUAGUGCAACCAUACCCCGUAUUUUGACUCUCAGAUUUAUGAUGUGAGCAGCUAGGGGUCUGAUGAAGCACUUAGCAGUUUCUACUCUGUUACUUUGCAUUCCUUAUUUAUUUUUUUGUAGUUUUUGUUAUUUAAGUAAGGCUUGGGAAUUUGAACUUUUUAAGGCUUUGGAGAACUUAGCCCCCACUGAAAAGCAUACUGUUCAACUGAUCAAUGUAUCCAGACUUCAGCUACUGUUUGAAGGCCAACUUUUGUUAAAGUUCUGACAUUCCAUUAAAUGUGAAACAAUG